UUUGUCUGGACGGACCUUCUUUUUUCUUUCUCUUUCCCUCUUUAAAUUUCACCAUUAACACAAACCUAAACCCUAACCUAAUUUCCUAAAGGUUUAAAUUUUUGCAUCAAUUGUUUCAGGGCUUUGAUUCUUCUCCGUGAUUAAGAAAAAGGGUUGUCGUUGAAUUUUAACUUAGAAGCUAUUUUUAUUGAUAAUUUUGUUGAAGAAGGAAAAAAAAUGGAUGGAUAUUUACCCAUGAAAAUGAAGAGAAAAGAUCUUGAAGAAGUUUCUGAUGAAUUCUCUGAUUUCUCCUUGUCUUCUCCUGCUAGAAAAAUCCGUAGAUUGGAUGCUGAGCUAUCACCAAUAAUGGAAGAACCAAUAGGUUAUGAUCAAAUUAUACCUGAUGAGGAGCAAAGGGUUUCUCCAAUAAUCCCUGUGGUGGAAGAAGUAGAAGAUGAUGUGAUUAUUCUCCCUGCUGAAAAUGAGGAGAGGGCUAUCGUUCUGUAUAAACCAAUGCAGAAUUCUCCUUCGUUGAACUCGUUGUCGUCUUUUGAGGUUACUGUCAAUUCGGACUUGAUUCCUAGCAUCAAGGAUCGACAUGGUCUUUGGUCUGGUCAUCGGGGUUUACUGAAAGAUUUAGACAAUGAGGAAGAGCGGAGAAGGAAAGAAAAUGCAGGCGGAAAGGGUGAGUGCUUGGCUGUUGUUCCAUGGGUGGCUUCUCAAUUUCCUUCAGCAUCGGGAAAUAACAUGGCAACGGCAGAUGUUACUACUAAUGACCCUAUGGAAGCUGAGGUGGAAGUAGAUAAUGCAGAUAUGGAUAUUGAAAUGGACCAAAUGGUUAAUGACGUGGGUGUCGUUAAAGGACAAGAACAACCCAUAGCUAUGGGAGCUGGUGGGGGAUUUCAGCAAUGGAGUCAACCGCAGCAGCACUGUAUGACUCCACCACAAUUCCCCCAAAAUAAUUCCACUCCUAUCAUGUGGUCUUGGUGAUCCACAGACGAGAGAUGCUCGUGUGUUUAUCCUGUUGUGAUAUCUUCAGAUGGAGGAGGAUAGCUGGAUAAGAAUGGUGGAGGAAAGGCACGGAAGAUUGCCUUCCCUCAUAAUUCAGUAGUUCGUUGCAGAGACUUUGUUGCAGAGAUAUUGUUGAUCUCUUUAGUUUUAGUAAGGUGUGGUAGCGAGUGAAAUGUGUAGGUGAUGUUUUUGUACAGAGUAAGAUGUAGGUCUGCGAUAAACAGCGGAAAACUGCUGAAAUUUUAUAUGAAAUAUGUUGUUAAAGUCUCUGCAACAAGAUGUAGAGUGCGCAUCUCUACUUUUUUGUCAUCUUGCGAAAUUUAUUUAUCUUUUUUGGUUUCA